AUUCUUGUUAACCCAACAGGCAAACCACACGCUUUCCGGGGGGUCGAUUGGGUCGUUGAGCUGAUGAAUUUAUUCACCAAGGACACUUACGGUGGAGACGGCUCCAAUUACACAAAGGACCGGGUUAUCACCGAGUCUCCCAAUGUCCUGGUGUACCGAAGUUGUGCUCGCAAUGCAGAGCACAAUUUUUAUCUCUCCGGCCUCUCGUCAGCUCACGGAAAGAAGAACCUCAAAUUAACAUUCAGUGCUCUACUCAAAAACAUGGAUGAAACGAGGCCGCACGAGCGACGUGAGGGUCGGAAGUCCGCGCAUUGCGUCCGAGAUAUGCUGAGUAAGGGAGUGGGGUUGAUGCUCGGCGGGACAAGUGAUGUCGACGACGCCGACAGUACAGGACUCGGACCACCUCAGGAUGGCGUAGAUACAACUGUUGAUGCAGCAGAUCUUAGCCUCGAUACUGCAUUGUAA